CAGUUUAUAUGAAGCCUCAAAUGCAGGGGCGCGGUGCUAUAUUGCUUUGCAGUGUCAUGCUAAGUACUGUAGCACACAGUUGGUUAAUCCAGUCUAUCUGCUUAGAUAAUUAAGAGCUAAUGUCCAUGGGGAGAGGAGGGGUGAUACAGCACCUCCCUCCAUUAAUUUUCCCCCUAGGCCUCCCACUCUGCAUUCAGUUGUAUUUGUUUAAUCUUUGCACACCCUGUGUGUGUGUGUUUGUGUUCUCUCUCCUCAUACACCCAACGCCCGGAUCUACUUUUGCUGGUUUCUUUGGUGGAGUCUUAUGGUGCGUUGUUAUCCACAUCAAAUACUGCAGUGCUUCUCAGAACACCUUCAAGGACUAUGUCAUGUCAGGAAUCCAGAACCAAGCACACUGAUCCUUCAACUGCUCUGUGACUGCCCACUCCCAUAAACUUCAUACAUAUCUUCAAGUGAGUUUGAGACUCCCUCAGAAGGUGGAGGAAGCAGCUCGUGGCCUUCGCCCGCCCCAUCGCGCCAUGAAGCUGCAGGCGGUGAUGGAGACGCUUCAGCGCCAGCAGCGGGCACGGUUGCAACAGGAGAUGGAAGCCCGACAGCUUCAGCAGGAUUCAGUGGGUGCACGUACACCCCCUGGUAAUGGAACAGAUGAGUCUGAACCAGAGGCCUUGAAAAUCCAGCGGGCACAAGCAGCAGCUCUGGCAGCCAUGAGGGCAGUUGCUGCUGGACUCAGCCAACAACCAAGCCCAGUUGCCUCUGAGGAAGAAGACGAUGAUGGGGAAAGCAUGGCUUCAGAAAAUGAGAGAGAGAGGGAUGGAGAAAGUGAUCCUUACGAUGACAUGAGAUCUGAGGAGGAGGAAUUGAAGCAAAGGUGGGAUGAGGAUGAUUUUGAAGAGGAAGAAGGGGAGGAAGAUGAUUAUGAGGAUAUGGAAGAUGGGGGUGUAGGGGUUGGUGAGGGAGACCGAACAGGCAAAGACUUGGCACUGCCUUCGAAGCACCAUGCUCAGCAAGGAUUUCAAAGCCAGCGCCCAGCUGUGGGAGCAGAACGUUUAGGACUCCCACAAACUGCACAUCCUCAAAUGCAGGAUCAUGGUGACUGGACAUACGAGGAGCAGUUUAAGCAGCUUUAUGAAUUGGACGGGGACCCCAAAAGGAAGGAAUUUUUGGAUGACUUAUUCAGUUUUAUGCAAAAGCGAGGAACCCCAGUGAAUAGAAUCCCAAUUAUGGCAAAACAGGUCUUGGACCUGUACAUGUUGUACGUUCUAGUGACUGAGAAGGGAGGCUUGGUGGAAGUUAUCAAUAAGAAGCUAUGGCGUGAGAUCACCAAAGGAUUAAACCUGCCAACCUCAAUUACCAGUGCAGCCUUCACUCUGAGAACACAGUACAUGAAGUAUUUGUAUCCCUAUGAAUGUGAGAAGCGUGGCCUUAGUAAUCCUAAUGAGUUGCAGGCUGCUAUUGACAGUAACCGCCGAGAAGGUCGCAGACAGAGUUUUGGUGGCUCCUUGUUUGCUUACUCACCCAGUGGAGCUCCAAAUAUGCUUUCAUCUCCAAAGAUGCAGGUGUCUGCCAUGGCACUUAGUGGAGCUGCAACAAAUGGGAGCUCUUUCACUCAAAAGAUAAAAAAAGAGGAAGACUCCCCAAUGUCUCUAGCCGGACCACCACGACUACCCGUUGGCUUAGCUGGACACUCCGUGGUUGCAGCACAGGUGGCUGCACAGGCUGCAGCACUAGAGCAACUCAGAGAGAAGCUGGAAUCUGGGGAACCCCCCGAGAAGAAAAUGGCUUUGGGAACAGAAGAUCAGCAGCGACUAAUGCAGCGAGCCUUCCAGCACAACCUUCUGGCAAUGACUGCUCAACUUCCUAUGAAUAUCCGCAUCACCCAAGCUGAGGGAAGACAAGAUUCUGCUGUGAAUCUCACUACCAAUGGCACUAACAGUAUUAGCAUGUCCGUAGAGCUUAAUGGUAUUGUGUAUACAGGAGUGCUCUUCGCUCAACCCUCUACCUCAACAUCUGCAGUGAGUAAAGGGAGCACCAACCGGACUGCGGCCUUGGGAGGAGCUGGCAAUUCAUCACAAGCUUUGCCCUCUGCACAUCCAGCUCCCACUUCAAACAGCUCCUCACCUUGACACAGAGCUGCCAUAUUCACACACAGCUGAAGCCAAAAAUUGAUGGAAUUGUUCUGUGUUUCACUCAGGUUUAUUACUCCUCAUCUUUGGGAGUUCCCGGAACACAGUGUUGGGGCUUGAGGGGGCCAGGCUGAGCCAGUACAGGGUCUGGAAAAAUGAUCCUAUACCCUUCAUGAAAACCCAUAUACCUCACUUAUUGCACUGUAAAUAUAUCUGUAUAAUAUAUUUUAUAAUAUAUUCAGUACCUCCAAAUACCAAACAAAAUGCCAACCUCCUCUACCCCACUCUGCGCUCCGGAAAAACCCACCCCCGCAUAUUUUUUUUUUGUGUGUGUGUGUUUUAGUAUCUAUGUAGAAAAAGGAGGAAAAAAGUACCAGUUGAACUUUAAGAGGGGUCGUUUUAUUGUGUAAAUGCCUCUUAUUCUUAAAGGACAAUGGAGGGAAAAAAAGGCAAACUUAGAAAAAAGAAGAAAAAAAAUCUAUAUAUAUAUAAAUAUCUGAGAAUAUUGCUGUAUCCCUUGGGCUGGACUUUUACGGGGCACAGCAUAUCAUAAAGGUGGGAUGUUGCCUGUGUUACCCCGUUGGGUGUGUGGGUCUAAUAAUCAACACCCCCACAAAUCCUGGAAUGUAAUUCAUGGGAGCCGGCAAUGUAGAAUACUGAAUGUUUUGUUUUAUUCCUGUGGUUGUUUGGUGUUCCAACAGCAUCAGAACCUCUCUAGCCUCCACCAUUCCGAUGAACCUCAUAUAUAUUUAAACAUUAUACGGGUUUAAUCUGUUACCUAAAACAAUUGGGUCUUUUAUUGGAGCCAGUCAUAUACUAUGUUGAUUUUUCACAUAUUCAAUUUGGUAGGAUAUUCACGAUCCAUAGGAUAUAUAUAUUUUAUUUUUUUUCGUUUAUCCCUCUGCUGCUAUGCUGAUGAUGGUCUGUAAAUUGCUCUAGAAGUUAUACUAUUGUUCAGUGGUCACAGAUCUGGCCAUGAAGGCAUUUCAUUCUGCAGUUAGUUAUGUUUGCAUCAGAAUGGUAGAUGUAUAAUCUUAUAGAACUCUGCAGGGUUUAGUCCUCUGUCUUCUUCUGCUGCCUGGUCUGGACACCUGGGGUAUAGAGGCUUCUCUAAGUAGGAUCCCACAGCUGACUGUGCAAGCUGAAGGCAUGUUAGGCACUUGGCCAUUGCAGGUUACAGUUUGUUUCAAACCAUCUCUGACUGGUUUACUUCCUGGAGCCUUUUUAACAUGAACAUGUAUCAAAUCAGUUCUCCCUUUCCUCUUCCUAAGCACCCUGACAACCUUUACACAAAUGGGCAGCAAAAUGCCAAAAAUGUGAAUAAAUCUAAUAAGAAGUCAGAGAGGCCUUAUUUAGGGGUUUAACCCCAUGGUGAAUGAUCAGAAAAGUCUUGACAGCAAUCACAUCACCUAUAGUUGUAUAUUAAGGGGUGAAUGCUGGGCAGGUGAUUCAGUAAGACUCAGGGUUUGAUUUUCCUGUUUCUCCCCCCAGUCUUCUCUCAACUUCUCGCUGCUUUUCACAAAACUGGGAUUUGGGGUAGAUAGAAAUAAUAAAAAAAAAAUAUUCUCUAUAAUAUAUAUAAAUAUAUAUAGUGUGUGUAUAUUCAUAAUUUUGCUCUGUGUGAAUUAGGGCGGGGCUGGAUUUUAACUCAGGGGAAUAAUGUUUUUUCUGGCUCUGUCUCUCUCAUAUAGAGGGAAAGGGUUUGUAUUGACUGCUUUGCUUAAUGAUUUUUCCUUUUGCCAUUAUUUGUGCAUUUUAAUGCUUUUUAGGAGAGUGUAUUGUAAAGACUGCCGAAAUGUUCAGUUCUAUUGCAUAACAGCUAUGAAAUGUUUGAAGAGAGAGAGUCAAACUGGUUAGGGCUUAUGUAAUAGAGAGUUCAGUCACAUUUAAGGUAUGUGCAAAGGUAGCAUAUCUCGAUUGAACCAAAUGUUUUUAAAAUUGUAUGUACUUUUUUUCGGCUGUGGGGAGUAGUUUUUCUUGACAACUUACUGAGCCCUGCUUUGUAGCAGAAAAUCACAGUGCUCUGUACAGUGGAAAAUAUUUUCAUUCAGUCGCAGCAUUUGCUAUUUCAAUGGUUUAGUUCUGUAAGUAUGGAAUAUACUUGUAUUUGAAUGCUUAUUUCAAAUGUUUUUCAUACAGUUUCAAUUCAAUUUUACCCUUAUUUUCUUAAA